AUGGUUGAUGUGAAUGAAACCGAGAAUCCUGAAUCCAUGCGCAAGAUCUUCAAGAUACUUGUUGUUGGUGAAAUGGGUACUGGAAAGACUUCAUUGCUUCGUAAAUAUGUCGAUGGCGUUUUCUCAGAAUACUAUAAAACAACAAUUGGCGUAGAUUUUGCUAGUAAAGAUAUCAAGUGGGAUGAUAAAACGAACGUUAGUCUUCAAUUAUGGGACAUUGCAGGUCAGGAAAGGUUUGGUUCAAUGACUCAUGUUUAUUAUCAAGAAGCUGUUGGUGCCCUUCUCGUUUUUGAUGUUAUGAGACAUCAGACUCUUGAACUUGCUAUCCAAUGGAAGAAGGAUAUCGAUUCUAAAGUAUUUACUUCUCAAGAUAAACCAAUUCCAUGUUUACUUUUAGGAAACAAGAUAGAUCUUGCCGAAGAUGGUAAAUGGGGUAAGACAGAAGAAGAAAUGAAGGCUUUCUGCGACGAACAUGGAUUUAUUGGAUUCUUUGAAACAUCUGCAAGAACAGGACACAAUCUUGAAGAAGCUCCAAGAGCUCUCGUCAAAUAUAUCAUCGAAAAUAAUAUCGAACCAUUCUCAGAAGGACAUGGUGUCGAUCUUAAUUCCUCUAAAGAGAAAAAGGAGGGAGGCGGUUGCUGCUAA